AUGCCCCUGCGGCCUCAAAACAGACUAAAGGUGGAGUCUCGCUGCACUUGGGGCAUGGUGUUUUGCAACAAGGGUCUGCCAGCGUCAACUAAAGUGCAGGUGUCACCGGGAGACACGGCCAACCUGCCCGCGACCUACAACCCCAAUGAUCACGUGAUUGCGCUGACGUGGAACAAGAUGGACGAACGUCUGGAGGGCACGCGGACACCGGUGUUCCUCCACUCGUUAACCAGCUCCGUAGCACUAGGACCCCUGAAGGACAGAGCGCAGCUCAACCCGAACGGGUCCCUGACAGUGUGGAACGUCACGGUCAAGGACGAGGGGCAGUACGUCAUGACUGUUCUUGUUGACGCGGUGGGGCAGCAGGAGCAUUAUGUUUACCUGGAUGUUAUGGCACCGCCCCUGGUGACAGUCGGCCUACAGAGUCCCCUCCGUGUAUCCCUCCGCUCCAGCGUCAUCCUGAACUGUACCGUGGAGAAGACCAGCACCACGCUCCCGCGGGUGUACUGGCUGCAGGACGGGCGGCAGCUCUCCCCGCACGUGGAGAAGCUGGACAUCGAGACCCCGGACAAGUACAGGUCGUCCCUGGUGCUGAGGAGGGUGGCGAGGUCGGACAGCGGGAACUACACUUGCGUGGCGCAGCAAGGCAGGAGCGAACAGGCCGACAGCCUCAGCCUAGUGGUCGUGUAUCCAGCAAAGGUUGUCAACGUCUCGAGUCCUCUUCAAAUCACAAGCGGCACAAAGGCAACAAUCUGGUGUAUCGUCGAUGGCAACCCCAAACCGGAAGUACGCUGGCGCAAGGUCGGAAGUGACGUCGACUUGGAAAGCGGCUGGGUGCAUCACGGGAAGAGGACCUCGUCCCUGUCCUUGCACAGUCUGCGUGUGGCAGAAGCAGGCUACUACGCAUGCGUAGCGAAGAACAAGCUCGGUGACCCCGACAGGAAGGUCGUGCCGGUGAUGGUAGUGGACAAGAGUUACUUCAGCGCCGCCGAGGGUGAAAACGAAGGCAAAGGUUGGAGAGAGGUGACCGCCAUCUUGGGAGGGGCGGCUGGUGGAGCCACUGUGCUACUGGCUGUCCUUCUUGGAGUGGUCAUUUUCUCCAGACGAGCCAAGAUAGAGGACAGUCAGACGACGCAGAAAGUGUUCUCUCUGAACCAUCCGACUGUCCUCAAGGACGGAGGCACCAUCUUGGUCAGCAAAGACGAGCGCCUAUCACUCACAGCAAAGUUCUUCAUCGGGAAUGACAUCCUGGCAGAGAAGGGCGGUGUGCCCCCACUACCCCCGCUCACGGACCAGCAACGGGCAAUCCUAGAGAAGGAGAAACCGAUCGCAGUUGACUCUGUCACCUUGUCAAGGAAAACUACAUUCCCAUCAUCACUCAUAGAACACCACUGUGAUAACAACGUCACCUGAGCUUGACCGUGGGAUUGACCGUGGGUUUAAAACUGCUUAUUCCGCUUGCGCGGAAAUCCGCACGCUCUGAGCAGGCUUUCGCGACGAUGUGAAGAGGUGUCAAAGCACGCGGCGUCCUACCUGCUGUAGGAGACACUGUGUUAUUCCUGCAUCCUUCACACAACAAUCUUGACUUUGAAGAAGUGGCGAGGAAAUGAAUAAGGAGACCAACGACAUUUUCUGGGGAAGACUGAUCGCUUUUCGCCAGAAUCAGACGCAUUCCAUGGAGCAAAAUGAGAGUAUAUGACAUGGAUAUCCAACUAAUAUCUUUUUACCUAAAAAGAUUAAUGUCCCUCUUCACGAAACACAAUAGAAGCAAUGUUUUUUACAGAACUGCAAUGAUGAUGCUAUUCAGACACUUAUCAUGAUUUCAGACUACUUAAUAAGCAUAUAGAAUGGUAUUGUUAUCGCUUUUCAAGCUUCCAC